AUGCCAAAUACCAAUCUAUUUUUAAACUCAUCCAGUUUUCUCACUGCAAACAGUAAUACCUCUACCAAAACAAAAAAUCUGAAAAAUUCUCAUCAAACUGAUUUACUAACUCCCCCAUCUUCUUCUUCUUCAAACUUAAACGAUUCUGACAACUUUGCUGUAUUCAAUAAAAAGAGAAAAUUCGAUUUCACUCCAUUUCAAGACUCAAAUGAUAUCAAUCACAAUCUUAUUUCUCAAAUUAUUACCGAAAAAUCUGACAUCAAUCUUCCCUUAAGAAAUAUCACUGAUUCCUUUAUCAAUAUCAAUAACGACAACAAAACUAUCAAUAACAAACUAAUCAAUCAAUUAGCUUCGAAAAAAAAGGAAAUUGAAAACUUAACCUCAGUUUUAGAAUCAAAAAAAUUACAAUUGUCUCAAUUAAUUAAAAAGUAUGAUAUCAAUCAUCAACACAUUACUCAUACUACUCAUUUCAGCAAUUUGAAAUCAAAAAGAAUCAAGAUUAAUCAAAAUGACUCAAUUAAUUUUGAGCCAGUUUCUUCAAACAUUACUAAUGACUCAUUAAUCACAAGCUCAAAAUCCUGUCCUAACUCUCCAUUAAAACGUUUAUUCAUUAAUAACUCUACCGGUAAUCAUAAUAACUCAGCCAAUUUAAUAGAUAAUCAAACCAUGGCUAAAAAAAUGCUUCUCACUCAUAAUACCCCUAAUCCUUAUAGCCAAUUUGAUUUAUCAUACAAUGAUAAUGAUAAAGAAAACAACUUUUCAAAGACUCUUGAUGAGUUCAAUAAAUUGAAUCAACAAAAUCAAAAUCAUUAUAAUCGUCCGAUGACCGCUAAAAGUUCAAUGCUAAUUGAUCACAAUGAUGAUUAUUAA